AAUUGGAGGUUACUUACAACCACCAUUGAUCUUGUCAAAAAAAAAAAAAAAACCACCAUUGACCUUGAGAGUUGUAGCAAAAACUCUUCACCUCCACCACAUAUUUUCUUUUCUGGUUUCUUAAAACUAUAUGAUAUAUUGUCAAAUUUUGUGUCUCAUUUGAUCCAAAAUAUCUAAUCCAAGCAACAGAAUAUACAUUGAUAUGGCAUUUGUUGGAGAAGCAUUCCUCUCAGCUUCUUUGGAAGUAUUGCUAGACAGAAUCAUUCCUGAUGAGUUACUAUACUUUUCUAGGAACAAAGAACUUGACACAUCACUCCUCAAAAAGCUGAAAAUAACACUGUUGAGUCUUCAAGCUGUGAUGAAUGAUGCUGAGGAGAAACAAAUCACCAACCCUGCUGUUAAACAAUGGUUGGAUGAACUCAGAGAUGCUCUCUAUGAUGCUGAUGAUUUGUUGGAUGAAAUCAACACUGAAUCUUUGAGAUGCAAAUUGGAAGCUGAGUCUCAAAUUCAACAACCUUUUAGUGAUCAGGUUUUGAAUUUUCUUUCUUCUCCUUUCAAAAGCUUUUUUAGAGUUGUUAAUUCUGAAAUACAAGAUGUUUUUCAAAGAUUGGAACAAUUUUCAUUGCAAAAAGAUAUCCUUGAAUUGAAACAAGGUGUUUGUGGCAAAGUUUGACAUGGAAUACCUACUAGUUCUGUUGUUGAUGAA